AUGUACCACCAACCAAUGUUACAGUCCACACCUAAAAGCUGGAAGGGUUUAUUGAAAUCUAAUCAGUCUCCAAAAAAACCCACCACCCCUACAACCCCACCAAGCAAUGCGACAAUCACACCAAAUACAACACCUCCAAGUGCAACAUGUGUCAGUCCACGACCGGAGAAAAUCCCUUCCAGACACCCACUUCAAACCAUAAAUCCUGGAUUAAACCUUUCGUUUGCCAAUAUUCUCAACAAGUCACUAGCAAACCACGAAACAUGCUUUAUUUGUGGAGAGCUACUUUCUUCAGUAUUUGAAUCAGAGCGAAUUCUAAAGUUAAAUUGUGGUGAUUCCACCCACUGUGAAUGUUUCAAAGCUUAUUUUAAGGAAGAUAUACCACAGGCUAAAAAUCACGGCAAGACAAUAACGUUUGCAAAAAGCUGUCGUGGCCUCAAUUGCAACAAUACUAGAAAUGUAGUCAUUGAUGCAAACAACUGGUACUUGGUUUCUGCCCGAAAGUUGUCGUUAAUACCAAAGAGACCAGCACCCCCACACCCCAAUAGUGCUAACAUCGAUGCCUUGAGAACUACUUUGCAAAACAACGACAUACCAACUAGGUCCCCUUCACCUGAUCCAACUGUUUCCACCACCAUCACAGAAGUGGACACGUUUGACGUUGAAACGGUUAGAAACAACCUAAUCAAACAUUUGCUAGAUCUGUGUACUAAAAUCAGUUUAUCCAGAUUGGUUCUGUUGGGAAAUUUGCGAGUUGCAGACGAGUUAUCAGUUUGUGUCGAGCCACUGGACUAUUUCCAAACAAGGUACGUUUAUUUAUUUGAAAACUACAUGGUUAUAUGGAAUAAAACUGACUACCCUGUAUUUGUUCCAAUGAAAAACAUACAGUUGUCCUCUCGUGGCUCGUCCAUCCUACAAGUGCGUCAAAAAGAUGACAGUUUAUCAACAUUGCUUCAAUCUACAUCAAGUUCAAUAGUGGAAAAAUGGGUUGUUGCCAUUUCCGAUGCGCAUUUACAGUUGCCAGCACGGGCCAUAACAUCUACAAUUGAUACUACCCCAACUGAUAGUGAUUCCGAUAUUGAUUCCGAUGAAGAAGUUAUUCAGCAAGCACUAACUAAAAACAACUGGACCGAUUUAAUGAUCGAGAUUGAUAAUGCAUUACUUACAUCUGACCAGUAA